UCUAGAUAAUUACUUUUUUUUAUAUACUUCAAGUACUGAAUCAUGAGAAUUAAGCUAAAAUUUACAGAUUUUUCUGCCAAUGUUGAUCAAAGAAAAGUAUGUUACUUAGUUGACAAAGAAAAGUGCCAAAAGGUUGCAGAUUUAUGUUACUUGAUUCAAAAGAGAUUUUUUAACUAUGGAGAAAAUGUUUCUUUAUAUCAUGAUGGGUUUUAUUUUCCACCUCAAGAAAGUAUAGAAGUUGUGCAAGAAAAUGAUGUCUUAGAUGUAAAAAUUGUGAAUUACAAAGAAAACACUGAAGAUGAUCUUCAAAGAGUUUUAAAGAAAAGGAAGAUAACUCCAUCCUCUUCAACAUCAGCUGACAGUGACUCAUCUAUAAAAUCAAAUUCAAAAAGAGUUAAAAUUAAAAAUAAUGAUUCUUCUGAAGCUCAAGAAUCAGGUAGUGACUUCAAAAAACCUACUUUGUCUUUGUCAAAAGCAAUAAAAAUAGAUUCUUUGCCAACAACAGCAGCUACAAGAAUAUGUUCUUCAGCAACAACAUUGAAAAAGGUGUUGCCAUUAAGCCAACUUGGAGUUUCAAGUAAUAUAAAAAAAGAUGUUAAACAAAAAAAUAAACUUAUAGAAAAUGUGAGUAAAAAAAACAUUACAAGUUCUUCAGAUUCUUCAUCCUCGUCUUCUAGUGAAAGCGAAGAUUCCGAUAAAAAAAGUUCUACUAUAAAAAAGCACACAAAUAUUGUUACAAAAAGCAAAGAUGUAUCACAAAAAAAUGAGUCUACCAAAAUGAACCUACCAAAAGCAAGAAAAUCUUCAACAUCGUCAGAUUCUUCAUCAUCUAGUUCUAGUGAUAGUUCUGUGGACAAACUGACUGUAAAAAAACAAACAAUAAAUUUAACACAAAAACCUGAAAUUCCAAAAAAUAGUACCUACAUGGUUAAAACAAAACCUGUUAGUUUAAAACCAGUUGAAUCUGUUCCCAGUGAGUUAUGUAUGACCUCUAAAUCAUAUUCAUCAAAAACAGGAGUGGACUUUAAAAUAACUGGUUUAAACAGAAAUUCAGUUUCAACCCCUAACACCUCUAACCUAAUAGAAAAAGUACCAAAAUUUAAUGGAAAGGAAUGUUUACCAAACAAAGACAAACCAUUUAAAAAGAAUAUUGAUCAUGCAAAACUAAUGGCAAAAAAAGAUAAGUAUGAAAAUACAUCUGAAAUUAUAAUUAGUGGAGAGUCUUUUAAUGAAUCAGGUAAUCAUUGUUUUUCUAAAGUAACUGAAAAUUCAAUAAAUACAGAUUCUUCAGAUAUUUUGACCAGUUCAAGAAAUGCUCUCAAUGAACUCAGAAAAUUAUCAGAUAAAGAUAAUAUGAAAGUAUUAAAUGAAGUUACUUCAAAAUCAAACAAUCAGACGCUAUCAAAAAAAACAGAACGAAAUCGUAGAAGAAGAUUAAGGAGAAAAAACAGAAGAAAUAAUAAAAUGGGAGAACUUGACAAUGACAAUGACGAUGAUGAUGAUGUUGCUGAGUUAUCAAAUGAGCAUAACGACUCUAAAGAAAAAAAUGAUGCCACCAUUUUGUUUGCUAAAUCUGGUGCGGAAUGUGAUGAUGUUAUCACUAUUGUAAAUCAAUUUCAAUGCAAUACAAGCCCAAACCAUAUUUUAGUGAAAGAAAAUAACUUGGGUUAUAAAGAUGAAAGUGUAAAUACUAAAGUAGAAAACAAGAGUGAGUUAGGUAGCAGUUUUAGGAAUCUUGAAGAGAAACCCAUGAUAAAUAAAGCAAAUGAAAAUUUUGAAGAAUAUCCUAUUUUAAAGGAAAUUCCAUCUGUUGGCAGCCUAAUUGCAUUCAAAGAACUUGUUCUGUCGGAAACAUAUACUCCUGAGAUGAUAUAUAGAAAGGCGUUGGUUAAAAGUGUUGAUAAAUCAUUACAAACUGUUAAUUUGCUAGUUAAAUCUACAGAUGAGAAAGUGAGAGGUGAUGGAGUCUCGGAUAAUCGUUUUCAAUUGCAGUAUAGUGAAGACUCAGAUGAGGAAAAUCAAGAAGUGCCGAUUGAAAGAAUUGUAACUAUAAGUUGGCCAGGACUUUCAGAACCAAGAUUGAUCUCGGAACCUUUCGAAUUUUAAAUUGGUCCAUUUUUAAAAAAAGCUUUUUAUAGUAAAAUUAACAUAACGAACAUUAUAAAACAAAAACAAAUUGAACUAGUAUUUUAAAAAUGUAAACAAACUUAAACAAAAAAACAUAAAUAAAGUAA